AUGUCCAGCAGCCCUUCCGUUCGUAAAAUUUUCAAAUCUCUUGCUCCAACAGAGAAGGAGGCCAAUGCUCGCGCAAGUUCACAACCUGGCUCGCAGUUGGUCUGUCCCCCUGGACCGGCCGCUUCGACCCUAGCCCGCGGUGGCUUGCUAGAGCAGUAUCGCUGCACAUGGGAGGGUCUCGAUGGCGGCGUGGGCGGUCGUGUGCGGGUCUCGUUCCUUUCUCUUCCAUUCCCAGCAGCGUUAGCAGUCGGAAACUUCCAUGGGGCCUUGCUUCUUCCUCGGGGCCUGGGCUGUCCAGUCGGAAGCACCAAUGCGAAGCGUCAACAGCGCUGCUUCCAUGGGUUCGUGCCAGGUACAAACAAUUCUCUGCUGCCUCCUUCCUUCCUUCCAAGUCCCUUCGCAGGUCCAACGGCUUGCACAGGUAUCCGUACUGGGCAAGCACGGGCACCGACACCUUCGAGAGAAAACCGCACUCGCACGGUGGUGGAGUCUUGGGACGUUCACGCAAAUCUCGGCAAUUCAUCAGCCUUCCGCAUGCAGAACCCUGACCUGCCUGGCUACCCUCCCAGGACAUCUCGACCGCCUCUUGUUCCAUUUGUGGACGCACCGCGGGAAUCCGCUACUGAUCGAGCAGAAGGCCGUCGAAUCUCCAUUUAA